GCCAUGUGAGGCUUGAAAUGAGGCACUCCAGUGGGCGCUGGAGGCAAGCUUCUCCAUGGGCGCGUAUUCGAUGCUCACGGUCCCCUACAAGCUCCGGAUCCUGGGCGGCCUAGAGCGAUCGCUGCUACCAUCGCUACACUCGGUGAUGAUGUCUUCGUCCAAUUGUGGCGCCAGCUCCAGUCGCGCUGCCAGGGCUCGCAGAUUCGUGCUCGCUGCCGCGGGGCGCGAGCAGGGCGGCAAUGCCGGCGAGCAAUUGGCGCUGCCCAAGUCGGAGAUUGUGAAGGAGCCGAGGAGUUCUUUGAGAGAAGUGGCUAGUUCUUCCAGCUCUAGGAUCAAGGCGGAGAGGAGUACCUACUUGUUUGCGGCGGUGGCCUCCACGGUGGGAAUCACGACGCUGGCAGCUGCGUCAGUGUACUAUAGAUUCGUGUGGCAAAUGCAGGGAAGUGGCGAGGUGCCAGUGCUAGAGAUGUUUGGAACUUUCUCCUUGGCGUUUGGAGCAGCGGUUGGCAUGGAGUUCUGGGCUCGAUGGGCUCACAAAGCAUUGUGGCACGCUUCUCUCUGGGAUAUGCACGAGUCACACCAUCGGCCCCGCGAAGGUCCAUUCGAGCUCAACGACGUUUUCGCCAUCGUGAAUGCGGUGCCAGCGAUCGCGCUCCUCGCGUAUGGUUUCUUCAACAAAGGUCUCUUCCCGGGCUUGUGCUUUGGAGCGGGCUUGGGGAUCACAGUGUUUGGAAUGGCUUAUAUGUUCGUGCAUGACGGCUUAGUUCAUCGUCGAUUCCCGGUUGGACCCAUCGCAAACGUUCCUUACUUCCAGAAAGUAGCAGCAGCACACAAACUCCAUCACGCUGAUUUGUUUCAAGGUGUUCCAUACGGGCUUUUCUUGGGCCCAAAGGAGCUCGAAGAAGUGGGAGGCUCGGAAGAACUGGAGAGAGUGAUGAAUCUACGCAAGAAAGCACAGACGUAGAGCUCUCCGUAGCACCGUUUUUUUUCUUCUUUUUUAUUUCUACUGGGGAGAGAUCUCGUAACCCAAUCGUCAGCUGCUGCCGCUUUUGCUGCAAAGCAGAGAUAUUUUUUUUUUUUGGCACUAAAAGUGGAAUGCUAGCAGUUUUGUCCGUCUGACACUUGCGAGUAUGUUCUAGCGCCCAGUAGAGAGAAUCUGAACGAUAGGCCACAGAUCUGGAAUCUCUCCAAAGUGGACCACGUAUACGUGGUUUGUAUCCUAUUAUACAAGAAAUUUGGAGCUCUAGAAGCCUCACAAGCAAA